AUGUCAAUCACUGCGCAUCCAAUCCAGCCGCGACAUUCCCGUCUUUCGACUUGUUCUGUCGCAUCUAGCUUCCCGCACUUGAAGCAUUACACCCCAUUAUCCAGCUACAACCGACGCGCGGUCGCACUCAAGAUGAUAACCGACAGCCAACUUUACUCGCUCGCCAUCUUCCUUGGAAGCGCUGCCAUGCUACUUAUCGUUCUAUACCAUUUCCUCGAGGUCAACUCGGACGAUCACAAGGUUGAGGAGAAGCCCAAGGCUGCGGCAGGCAAGGUCAAGGCAUAA